GAUGGAAGUCCAACCCAGGUAAGCAGGUGAGUCAGAUGUCGUUCCUUGCAGUUGAUUGAUCUCAAACACUGAGGGGUGUAGCCAAGGUGACGCAGAAAGCAGCCUCGCUGACUCCGAGUCGCUCAUGGAAGUUUGAAUUACUGCGAGUCAUCGUGGCACCUGUUGGGCGAACUCUUGCCAUCCACCGUCCGGGACGAAUAGCUCACCUCACAUGAAAAAGGAAUAAUCGCAGCUCCGGUAAAGGAUGAAGGUGCAUUUAAUCGUACCCAUGGCAAUAGUCGUGAGCGUGCUUUUGUUGGGUUUCAUGAAAGUACGGAAAAACGAGCAAGAACAAGAGAUCAAACGGCUGAAGUUUCAAGAAAUCAAGCUACGGGUGGCCGAUGACGUGCUCUCAGAGUUCAAGACCGAGCAGGGAAACAUGCAGGAUCAACUUGACAAGUCUAAAAAUGACCAGACCGCACUGGACAAGGAAGCGAUCGAGCUAAAUAGCAAAGCAGACAAGCUAAAGGGGGAGGUGGACAUCUGCCAGGGAGAAAAGAAAGCUGAAGCUGACAAAUCUGCUGCAGAAGAGACAGGGCUGAAUAAUCUGAGAGCUGAACUAGAGAAGGAGAGUGUCAAGUGGAAAGACGAAGAGACAGUUUGGAAAACGCGUCUUGGAGGACGGAGCAAAGUGUGCGACUAUUUGAAAAAAGAUGCGGUCGGAGGAAAGAACUUGUGUGGUGAGGCGCUUAAUGAGGCUGCUAAACCAGCAGAGCCAAAGGCGGAGGCCCCUAAACAAGAAGAAGCUAAACCAGAGGCCCCUAAACAAGAAGAAGCUAAACCAGAGGCCCCUAAACAAGAAGAAGCUAAACCGGAUGCUCCUAAGCCAGAAGAAGCUAAGCCGGAUGCUCCUAAACCAGAAGAAGCUAAACCAGAUGCUCCUAAACCAGAAGAAGCUAAGCCGGAUGCUCCCAACGCGAGAUGAUGGAGUGCAACUUCUGUUUUCUAGCCCACACACCAGACUGUCAGCAUGUUGUUUUACUGCCUCUCAGGUUCAGAUACUUAACCUGGGUUUGAUCGUAUAUAAUAUAUCUUAUUAGGUGGGGCACGGAGACAUCUGGUUAUGUUUAUCCCAGAAUGCACAAUAAUGUUCAGUUUAUAAUCAUCCAUUUGUUCACCUUACAUUAAUAUGACUUUAGCUUAAGUUGUCAUUACUUUCUUGCUUUCUUCCAUCUAGUACAGCGUGUGUAAAUAAUGUUUUAAAAAAUGCGUUUUUCAUUGCUUCAAGAGUGAACGAAUACUGCCUCUGGGAAACCUGUUCACGUGAAGCCAGGGCAUGAUGUUUAUAUUACCUCAGAUGUUCCUGUUCAUUAAAGCAUACUGUCUACAGGUUGCUGCUAAAGUUGGACUUCUUAAUAUUGUCACUCAAAAUUCCUUUUGGAGAGAUUGUUCAUUUUGUGUAGCAAAUGGGGAGGGGCCAUUCUGGUGUGGGCCAUAUGUUUUUGCUUUUCAAUACACAUGCUUUAGGGGAAAUUUCAUUGGUAUGUUAAAUGUUGUUAUGCAAAUGUGACUAGAUUUAAGAAUUCACUCAGAUUUGUGGUAGCCGCAAAGCACUGUGGGAAAUGUAGGAGAUCAAGUACCUGAUUGCGACUGUGAUACUGACACACACACUCUCUACACCCUGCCCUUCCUUGGUCCCUGUUUGACAUUUACUGUGACAGUCACUCACUCAGGACAAACAGCUUUUGUUUGUUGUAAUCAGGUGGACUGAGAGCACAAAAACAAUUCAAGACUGUGCUGUCACUUUGUUUAAAGAGGGACCAUCCAGUUUAUAUAAAGCAUCUUGCAAUAAUGUACUUGCGCUCACUCAAGUGAGAAGAUCUGUCAAAAUAAAAGUUAUGAAUGACUGUUUUAAAAAAACAUGUGCCUGAUUUAACAACUUUGGAAAUCUAAACCAAGCCUGAUGUUAUUUCAGUCAUGUACAGUCCUGGUCACCCUUUCAUUUUUUUUUUUUUUUUUUGUAUAACAUCUACAAUAUGUUCAGAAAUAAAUAUGUAAAUGUGUACCAAAUUAAUAUGAUCAGAUUUUGUUGAAUUGAAUGUCCAAAGUAAUUUAAUCGAUUUAAUGGACAGUAAUAAAGGUGCCUCUUUCUUAAUA